AUGCCUCUCUUUGGUAAAAAAGGUGCAAAAGAGAAGGAUAUUACGAAACGUUACAUAUUCAAGGAAGUGCUUGGAACGGGUGCUUUCUCUGAAGUUUCCCUCGCUCAGGACACAUGGGAAUCGAAACUGGUAGCAAUUAAAAAUAUCGAUAAACGAUUCCUUAGAGACAAAGAAUCGUCCCUGGAGAAUGAAGUAGAUGUCCUACGCAGAUUGAAACACCCCAACAUUGUGCAGUUGUUAGAAGUGUUUGAAGAAAAAACCAAUGUCUACCUGGUUAUGGAACUUGUGACGGGUGGGGAGCUGUUUGACAGAAUAGUGGAGAAGGGUAGUUACACAGAGAAAGAUGCCAGCUCCCUUAUCAAACAGGUUCUGGAGGCUGUUGACUUCAUGCACGAGUUGGGCGUGGUGCAUCGGGAUCUAAAGCCUGAGAAUUUGCUGUAUUACAGCCCCAAAGAAGACUCUAAAAUAAUGAUAAGUGACUUUGGGCUUUCAAAAACAGAAGACUCAGGUAUCAUGGCAACAGCCUGUGGAACCCCUGGUUAUGUAGCUCCAGAAGUUUUAGCACAGCAUCCAUAUGGGAAGGAAGUGGACUGCUGGUCUAUAGGUGUUAUAGCCUACAUAUUGCUUUGUGGAUACCCACCAUUUUAUGAUGAGAAUGACUCGGCACUAUUUCAACAAAUACUGAAAGCUGAGUACGAGUUUGACUCUCCAUACUGGGACGACAUUUCACAAUCAGCUAAAGAUUUUAUCAGCCACCUCAUGUGCAAAGAUCGCAAAAAAAGAUUCACAUGCAAACAGGCUUUGAAAUUUCCUUGGAUAGCAGGUGACACAGCCUUAGAGAAGAAUAUCCACGCUUCUGUUAGUGCCCAAAUCAAAAAGAAUUUUGCAAAAUCAAAGUGGAAGCAAGCCUACAAUGCCACGGCUGUCAUCCGGCAGAUGAAGAAGUUGGCAAUGAGUAAAGACGAACAUUCCCACUCGUGUACACAAGAAAAGAAGUAAAGAACAUGAGAGUUACCUACCUACAGUACACCUUCAUCAUUAUUCUCAUUGAAGUUUUCGUUUCUCAUCAAUCUCAUUUGUAGCAUUUAACGAUUUAUGACAACAUUGUAUCAUAUUUAUUGCCUUUUCCUGAUCUAAUAUUGAACAUUAACUUGCCCUAUGGUGUUAUGUGUCGGUGCCAAUGUUGGAGAAACCUUUCCACAGUGACAGUGUAUGUGAGAAGAUCCCUAGUAAUUAUAAAUCUUGUUUAACUGUUAUAGGUAAGAUUAGGUAGUGUAAUACCAUAGUUCAGAGACAGAUUUUCUGUCAGUUCUUUGUUGUUUAAAAAGUUCCGUCAUCUGCAGACACAUGCUAUAUCCAUGGAGCUCGCUGCAUAUCCUCUUGGCACACAAUUUGAUUUUAAAAUGAAGGCAGAUGAUGUUUAGUGAUCAGAAACAAAAAUGGCAUCUGAUCAUAUUUUUCUCAUGGAUAGAAAGUGGCUAUUCUAAAAUGUCAUUUGAAAAUUUUCUCCAAAAUGUUAGAUGUAAGAUAUGAAAAAGAAACAUACAAAUUUCAUGUAGGUGGAAUAUAUAACCAAAUAUUGGUUUAUCAGAUACAUACACUCAAGUACUCGUCAAGAAUCUCACAAAUGUUGAACUGAUCAUUUAGAUAGAUUUUUUAUGAUCAGCUCCUAAAAUCCUCUGCUCUGAUAGCAAAUUAACACAUGUAGAAGCUAGCAUAUUUGUUUUGACAUCAGUCAGGACUUGUAUUAUUAUAACAGAAUGUGGUCUCUGGUUGUUUUCAUUUCACUACGUCUGAAGGGACCAUGGCAAAAGGGGGGUAACUCUCUCUGUCAAAAUACAUUUACUGACUAAAUUUUUUUUCACAUGAAUUUAGAGAGAGAGAAAAGGUUUGGGGAUGGGCGGUGGGGGUAUCAACGUAUCCUGUAUCUGUCAUAUUUACAUGAUUUUCUUAAACCCUUUUCU